GGGCUGGGGCGGAGCCCAAGCGAGCUUUCGCCUCGAUCGCGAACGUCUAGCGAUUGCUCCUGUCUGUAGUGUAGGUAUGGCGCUCGCGAGGGAACCGAGAGGCGGCGGGAACCCGGGUCGGGGUCUCGCUCUGUGCUGACCUCGACCCAGGGCCGAGUGGGCUAUGGGGGAUCCUGACUCCCUGGUCACGGAAGGCCGCGCUGGUGACCGGAGCUGGUGCUUGCGGCGCGUGGGGAUGAACGCCGAGUGGCUGCUGCUGGAGGAUGGAAACGAGGUGACUGUAGGGCGAGGAUUUGGUGUCACAUACCAGUUGGUAUCAAAAAUCUGCCCUCUGAUGAUUUCCCGAAACCACUGUAUUUUGAAGCAGAAUGCUGAGGGCCAAUGGACAAUUAUGGACAACAAGGUAUAUUUACUUUGCCGAGAUGCUGAGCACAGAGUUGAAGUGAUCGUUGAUAAAUCAAUUGAGCCAGAACAAAAUAAUAGUCUGAAUGGUGUUUGGCUGAACAGAGAACGUCUAGAACCUUUAAAGGUCUAUUCUAUCCAUAAUGGAGAUCACAUCCAGCUUGGGGUGCCUCUGGAAAAUAAGGAGAAUGCAGAGUAUGAAUAUGAAGUUACUGAAGAAGACUGGGAGAGGAUUUAUCCUUGUCUUUCCCCAAAAAGUGACCAGAUGAUGGAAAAAAAUAAGGGCUUGAGAACUAAAAGGAAAUUUAGUUUGAAUGAAUUAGAGGGUUCUGGAGCUGAAGGCCCCUCAAAUUUGAAAUCCAAAAUAAGUAAAGUGUCUUGUGAACCUGGUCAGCCAGUGAAGUCACAUGGGAAGGGUGAAGUGGCUAGUCAACCCUCUGAAUAUUUUGAUCCCAAGUUGACUUCUCUUCAGCUAAGUGGGAAGACCACAGGGGCUCAUGUUUACCCAGGCCCCGCAAAAGUUGUAGAGCUUCAUUAUAAGAAGCAGAAAGCCUCAAAUCCUUUAGCAUCUCAGAGCAGCUUAGAGCUGUUUAAGGUAAAGAUGUCCAGGAUUCUAAAGCUGAAAACACAGAUGCAGGAAAAGCAGGUAGCUGUUCUGAAUGUGAAAAAGCAGACCCAAAAAGGGAACUCAAAGAAAAUUGUGAAAAUGGAGCAGGAACUGCAGGAUUUACAGUCCCAGCUGUGUGCAGAGCAGGCCCAACAGCAGGCCAGAGUGGAGCAGCUGGAGAAGACUUUCCAGGAAGAGCAGCAGCAUCUCCAGGGUUUGGAGAAAGAGCAAGGAGAAGAGGACCUGAAGCAACAGCUGGCCCAGGCUCUGCAGGAGCAUCGGGCUCUGAUGGAAGAGCUAAAUCGCAACAAGAAGGACUUUGAAGCAAUCAUUCAAGCCAAGAACAAAGAACUGGAGCAGACCAAGGAAGAGAAGGAGAAGGUGCAAGCACAGAAGGAGGAAGUUCUUAGCCAUGUGAAUGACGUGCUAGAGAAUGAGCUCCAGUGUAUUAUUUGUUCAGAAUACUUCAUUGAGGCUGUCACCUUGAACUGUGCGCAUAGUUUCUGCUCCUACUGUAUCAGUGAGUGGAUGAAGCGGAAGAUAGAAUGCCCCAUUUGUCGGAAGGACAUCAAGUCGAAAACCCACUCCCUGGUUCUAGACAAUUGCAUUAAUAAGAUGGUAGAUAAUCUGAGCUCGGAAGUGAAAGAACGACGAAUUGUCCUCAUCAGGGAACGAAAAGCCCUUCAACAGAUGUCAGCCUCUUUGAGUACGGCCAGAAAUCUCAUGCUGAUUUGCAAGCAGCUAUGCAAAGAGACUGUCCUGAAGACCGUGCUCCAAGGGCAUUUGAAAGACUGCCAGGCAAUGGGAACUUGGGAUGGUCUGGAGGAUUCUCUAUGGACAGAUCUGGGGCCGCUCUGAGACAGAGCAUGGGAUAGAGCCACGUGGGACAGAGACUGAGUUAGGAAGUCCUCUGUCACGACCCUCCAUGUUGGCCAUCCCUGCUGCCACCACCAUUGUCUGAAGCACCGACUGCUUCAGAGUACUUAAGAGACUCUGCUUCACUACACUGAACAGGUUAUAUAUUUCUGUUGUCCUUUUUUUUUUUUUUUUUUUUUUCCUUUUAAAAUUUGUUGUUGUUGUUAUUGUUUUGGUACCUCAGAAGCACCUCUGUUGAUAUAUGUUUUGGGCUGGUUGGGUGUAUCCCUAUGGCUGCCCCUGAAGGCGAAGGCAGCCUCUCUUUGAGAGGAUGGCAUACCUCUUCUUUGUGAAAACAAUGUCAUUUCCUGGAAAUAAAAUGUAAAACCU